AGACUCCGGGAUGCGGUGUCGGUGCGGUUCCCACUCUCUCUACCUCUGAAAACACAGGACUUCUAUAUAUGAACAUCACAACAUCAAAGGUUAUGCAGUUUUGUGCCUGAGAGAUCUCCUUCACCCCACAACAAUCGGAUUGAGGUUUCCAGUGAUGAUCGGCCUGUGAGUGGUUCUCAAUGGCUCAGAGGAAGAGGCCAGGGACCAACAGCAGCAUGGCCACAGAGCCUCACGCUUCAGCUCCAUGCUCCUGCCCAGCCCCGUACCCGGAGCUUGAGCACCCUGAGGAGGAGUAUGAAGAGCGCCAGGACCCUGAGGUGUCCCAACACUCCUACCACAAUCAAGAGGAGGCAGACUUGACAGACAGCCGACCAGCCACGCCCACUACUCCAGACCAUGCCCACAGAGACUACCACAGCCACCCGGACAGUCUGGAUGGAGACUCUAGCUCCGACUACGUCAACAAUACGUCUGAUGAAGAAGAGGACGAUUUCGAUGAAAGGCUACCAGAGGAGGAUGAAGGUGUGACGUAUUAUAUCCGCUAUUGUCCUGAGGAUGACAGCUACCUGGAGGGAAUGGACUGUAAUGAGCCUGAGUACAGACACCCGGAUGGUCGCAUGGAGCCACCUCCAGACACGGAUGAGUGCCAGGAAGUGGUUGAGGAAUGGGUGGAGGGAGAGGAUGAUGCACAUGGUGAUGAUGGAGAAGUGCGUUGCGAAGUUCUCGAGCAGGACUCUGACCAGCAGCUGUACGAUGGCAGACCCGAACCUGUCCUCGAUCACCACCAACAACAACAACAACAACAACAACAACACUAUCCGGAUCCCCAUCAGGAACAGAUUCCACCUCCUGUUGUAGAUCAAGAAGUGCAGGGUGUUGAAGGAAGUGAGGGCUACUGUCCUGAUCAGGAGGAAGAGCCACAGGUGGGGCAAGACAGAGAUGGUUACGCAGUUGACUAUUACGCCACGGAGGACAAUGGAAACUCUGUGCGUGUGUCACCGUACAGGGGGCAUAAGGGCACAGACGGAGAGACAGGAGAGGAGGCAGAGGAGGAUAUUGAUCAGAUAGUAGCUGAGAUUAAGAUGAGCAUGAGUAUGGGCAGUCUUAGCAGCGGCACUGAUCAGAGUCCAGAGGAACUGGCGCCCGAUCCAGCACCUAGCGAGUACCAGCCAGAGACACGCUCCAAACCCGAACCUGCCCCUGCUCCUGCCCCUGCCCCAUACCCUCAGCCUCACCGUCAUGACGGCAGACCCAAAUCCCUCAACAUCCCCCCUGCCAGACACAAUCCUGAGCUCCAGAGGAACUUUAAGGUACGACCUCACACACCAGAGGAGAGACAGAGAUGGACGCAGGACCAGGUGAGAGAGCAGGUGUCUAAUAGUGCAGAACAGCCAAGGAAACAGCAGCGGUCUGAUCUCAAUGGACCACUGGAGAACAACAAUGUCCCUGAGCCAACAAAGAAGACGGCAUCAUUUCCCAGCUUUGUGGAUGUGCCGGGUCCCUGUGAGCCUGAGGACCUCAUUGAUGGGAUUAUCUUCGCCGCCAACUACCUCGGCUCCACUCAGCUCCUGUCGGAGAGAAAUCCAUCCAAAAACAUCAGGAUGAUGCAAGCCCAGGAGGCAGUGAGCCGGCUCAAGAGGGUACAGAAGGCAGCCAAAAUCAAGAAAAAGGCGAGUCCAGAGGGAGACAUUCAGACUUUGACGGAGGUAGAUCUUUUCAUCUCAACUCAAAGGAUCAAGGUGCUCAAUGCAGACACCCAGGAGACCAUGAUGGAUAACGCUUUGCGUACCAUCUCAUACAUUGCUGACAUCGGGAACAUUGUGGUUCUGAUGGCAAGACGCCGCAUGCCCCGCACCGCCUCACAGGACUGCAUCGAGACGACCCCUGGAGCCCCCGAGGCCAAGAAACAGUACAAAAUGAUAUGCCACGUAUUUGAGUCCGAGGAUGCCCAGCUCAUAGCACAGUCCAUUGGUCAGGCAUUUAGCGUGGCCUACCAGGAAUUCCUCAGAGCCAAUGGAAUCAACCCAGAGGACCUGAGCCAGAAAGAGUACAGCGACAUCAUCAACACACAGGAGAUGUACAAUGAUGACCUCAUCCACUUCUCAAACUCUGACAACUGCAAAGAGUUGCAGCUGGAGAAGCAGAAGGGGGAGAUUCUGGGCAUAGUUAUUGUGGAGUCUGGCUGGGGCUCCAUUCUGCCCACCGUCAUCCUGGCCAACAUGAUGAAUGGAGGCCCUGCCGCCCGUUCUGGGAAGCUCAGCAUCGGUGACCAGAUCAUGUCAAUCAACAACACCAGCCUGGUGGGGCUUCCUCUCGCCACCUGUCAGGGAAUCAUCAAGGGCCUGAAAAAUCAGGUGCAGGUGAAGCUAAACAUCGUGAGCUGCCCUCCUGUAACCACAGUUCUCAUUAAGAGACCAGACCUCAAAUACCAGCUGGGUUUUAGUGUGCAGAAUGGCAUUAUCUGUAGUCUAAUGCGAGGAGGGAUUGCAGAGAGAGGAGGCGUGCGGGUUGGUCAUCGUAUUAUUGAGAUAAACGGCCAAAGUGUUGUGGCAACGGCACAUGAGAAAAUCGUCCAGGCUCUCUCUAAUUCUGUCGGCGAGAUCCACAUGAAGACUAUGCCAGCUGCCAUGUUUAGACUCUUAACUGGUCAGGAGACUCCUAUGUAUAUAUGAUCUGAGGUGGACUUCAGCUGAGAUACACAAAUCUGGGCACUGGGAAAUGUCUGAAUGCAGCAGUCACCUUUCUCCUUUUAUCUUCACCAAAAAUAACUCCCAUCACUCUUGCUGUCUGCUAACGUUACUUAAGCGAUAUGGUGUGUCAUUACUGCAUAGUGUGGAUUCUUUUUGAUUUGCCACGUCUGCUCUUGGGUGUGUGCAUAGUCAGAUGAAAAUGGAGUCGAUGCAUCUCAAGUCCUUUCUACGUAAUGAAAGGGGGGCUUUGUACACUUGAUUUUGAUAC